CGUUAAACUAAAACCCUUAGCCCCCAAACAACAUCCUCUGUAUUCUUCCGCCAGAAACUCCAUCAAAAUCUUAAGACUAAAACCCUAACAAAAUCUCAUGAUUCGCAACCAUACAUUCUAAGAACAACAGACGGAUUAAGAAGAACAAAAAAUGGCGGCUUCAAGAUUAUUUAUCUUUCUAGGCAACUCAAUCCUCCGCCAUCCUCGCAGUUUUUCACAACCCCCACUCCUGAAAUUGAACAUACCAUGCCUUCCCCAUUCCCUCCGCAUCAAGCGCUGCAUCUCCUCCGCUGUCACGCUCGAAUCCGAGACUCCUGCUCUCUCCGAUGAUGCGAUUUCUGCCCACCCGUGGCCGGAAUGGGUUAAUUUUAUCGACCAAUUGAAGGUCAAAGGAUACAUUACUCAGAACGCCGGAGCUUCGGAAAACGGCGGCAGUACAGAUGAAGAGAGUGCUGCUGUCUACAAGGAGUUGACGUUGGUCAAGGACGCGUGUAUGAGCUUUGCGCGUGACCGUUUCGACAUUUUCAAGUUGUUGCGGACUUCAGAUAUUCAAGCGAUAGUAGAGCAAGGAUGUCCUAGUGUCUUCAGAAAACCGGUUAACUCCGCUAAAAGGUUGAGGGCACAUCUACAAAUUGAUGAAGGAGAUGUGUGCAGUUCCUGCAGUCUUCGCAGUUCAUGUGAUAGAGCAUAUGUUUUGCUAACUGAAACUGAAGCUGCUGCACGUACAGUAGAUGUAGUUCGUAUGUUAAUGAGUUUUGCAUUAGACCCACUUGUUGUUUCUGGAGAAGUAGAAGAUAAACCCGCAGGUAGGGAGCUUGUCGAAUCAUCAGCUAGGAGAUUGCUCUCAGAGUUGGUCGAGCUUAGCGAAACACCUGCUGACCCUGAACUUCCAAAGCCUGCCUCUGUAGUCCAUCAAAAAAAGAAGCAGUUGCAGUUUGAUGAUUCACCAGAUACUGGAAGCUCUAAAAGUAUAGAUAUGAAACCAGGAGAUUGGGUGUGCACUGAGUGCAAUUUCAUGAACUUUGCUAGAAAUAUACGCUGUCUCAAGUGUAAAGCAAUUGGACCCAAGGGCAGCAGCAUGUCUACAGGUAGAGGUGGUGUUGAAAUGAAAAAGGGUGAUUGGAAUUGCGCUCAAUGUUCCUUUAUGAACUUCGCAAGCAACAGGCAGUGUUUCCGUUGUCAAGGACCACGUCCCCCGAGGCAACUAAAACCUGGGGACUGGGAGUGCUCCAACUGCGAUUUCAUGAAUUUUAGCCGUAACACCGUCUGCAAGUCAUGCAGGCGUGAACGCCCCCUGGGUUCUGCAAUGGAAGAUGAUUUAUACACAAGGAAGCCUUACUAAGUCUAGUUUAGAAUUGCCAAAGCAGAAUACAACUGCUGAAGAUGGUUUGUGUUCUUGGUUCCAAGGUGAUAUAUAUUCCUGCAAGGUUUACGUUGGUGGUCUUCAGAUAGUCUUAAUCACCAUAUUUUCUUCUAUGGAUUUAUUAUGUGAUGUAACAACAGAUUAGUCUUUCCCAAAAGAAAUACUAGUACUAUAGUUGAAAGAGAAGCUACUGAAAUGGAACGACCAGCUUCUGUUUGCUCUGCC